AUGUCGUGGACAGCAGAAGCACGUCGCAACCACUUGUGGUCGGCCGUUGUCGAGGUCGCGGAGGCGAGUGAAGAAGAACUUAUGUUCGUGCUGCCACGCUUGAGGGACGAGGACCUGGUGAAGAUCCGUUCGUGUGCUCACCGGGCCUACCUCAUGUCCGAUGAUGCUGUGCAAGCAGCGAGCAAUAGUUCGCCUGCACCUCCGACGGCGCCGGCUGGACGAGCUGAAGCCUGGACUUACAGUUCGCCUCCUAAGGAGUCCGCGGCGAAGGCUCAAGAUGCAGCAGCUCCCGCCAAGGCCGCGACACUGGCGUUCGCAAAGCCGCUCUCGAAGCAGGCGACAGGACCAGCCGAAGGGGUCCAAAGCUGGUUCGCCUCCGGCUCGAUCCGGGACAACGGGUACCUCGGCGCCUACGACCGGUUCGACGGCAACCUCAACGGCAAGUUCGCAGAAGCCGAAGCAGGUCAAAAGGCCGCCGACCUUCAACGCGGACGGCACGGUGCAGGCGCCACCCAAGGCGGCCGAGCCUGCGCCGUCUACGGGACAGCCCUUGUCCGGGGAGGAUGCGAUCGCCCUGCUAAUGGUGUCGGCCCCGGCAGCAGGUUCGACGACUUCGACUACACCUCCCACGGUGUCAGACCCGGCCCCGGUCGCUCCAAGCAGUUCGCCGACAGCACCGUCGCCGCCUUCUACCAUGGCCCAGUCCGCCAAGAGCAGUUCGGGCAGCAGGGGCGAUGGCCAGCCCACAGGUUCGCCUACGGUGCAGCAGUCCGCUGGGAGCUCUUCGUCGCCACCAGUCGCGGACACAGGCAGUACGGGGGCGCCGACUACAGUGGGAGGACAUAG